AUGGCUUUCCUCGGACGCGUGUUUUGCCGGAAAAAUCAUUUUCUCACGUUGAAAAAGUACGAAAAUGUGCCUGUGGCCCGUGGAAAUCCGCAGAACUUGGUGCAGCAAAUAGGCGUCGCCGAAGGUGGUCAAGUGUUUGUGGCCUGGCACCCCAAACCGGACUUCCCGUACGAGUUCAGCAAACCGCUGGAGGUGGUCGUUCCGGAACCGACGGCGAACCUGGUUCGGGAUGACAUAAUCCAGACCAGCCGGGCGGCCCUGAAAUCGAAGCAUCCGGAAUUCGUGCGCGAGGAACUGAGCAAACUUACGUUCACGUGCAAGCACCGCUGGUUUCCCCGGGCACGCGACAAGCGCGCGAAGAAAACACCGAUGGAUCGGCCGUAUCUUUAAGAACGCGAUUUGAUUCUCGCAGUCCCCGAUAGAAUAUUAAAACAGUCUUUAUUUGUACAAGUUUA